CUCACGGAGGCAGCAUGAAGCAUCGAUCUUCUCAACGAGGCAGUGGCCAUGGCAGAGGACGAGGGCCUCCUAGAGGCCCCUUUAGAGGAAAGGGCAGUCGUGGUCCCGUUAAGGAAGACCGGCCGCCACCACUCUGUGAUGAGGACGCUACUACUAUGGCGUGUCGAGCUUUCAUGACGGGAGAUUGCCCUCGGGGAAGCGACUGCAGGUUCGUUCACUAUGUGAAGAGAUUACAUGAAGUCGUUGAUGCCCAUUCCGAUGGGAAAUGCAUAAAUGCCGUUAUACUCAUUGAUGACACUCUUUUCACUGGUGGCUCCGAUGGUAAACUACGCACAUGGAAGGCAGUACCAACGCCUGCUGGUCACAUUGAAUUAACUCCCGAUCUCAUCGUUGACACGGAUGGGCAACCAGUGAUGUCGGUUUACUUCGAACCCACCCGAAACGAGGCCGGCAACAUCACCAACGGAGGUGUUAUGUUCUGCGGACUUGAAGAUGGUCGAGUUAGAGUUUUCGACAAGACCACGGGUGCACAGUUCGACCUGCUUGGUCAUGCUAAGGCCGUGCAUAGUCUUGGGGUCCUGCAAGGGAUACUGGUAACUUCAUCGUGGGAUGGUACGGUACGGCUGUGGACGCCCAAGGACGGGACUUAUCAGAAUACUCAUACCAUUGAGAUUGGCUAUCCAGUCAAGUGCAUGACGAUAGCAGAGCAGACGAUGUGGAUCGGUGGUGUAUGCGGUAUUACUGGUAUCAGUAUAGUAGACCUCACCAUACAGGGUCGGAUAGAUACCCAAAGUCCCGUUAUGAAUAUGCUAAUAUAUGAGAAUCAUGUUGUUGCCAUAACCUUGGACGGCAAGUUGUUUGUGUUCGACCCGAAUGGCAACGAGACCGCCAGUAUGGACUGUGCUCUGCACUACGUCAACAACGGUGAGAAGCUCCGGAAGCCCUGUUGUAAUUCCUGUCUCGAUGGAGUCAUCAUUAAUGGUCAACCCGCACUGUUGGUCGGGCAAAUGAAUGGUAGCAUACGGGCAUAUAGUCUGCCGACAUUGAAGCCGAUACUGUGGUGGCAAACGGCUAUGCAGAGGAGAAACGCGGAUGUCCGUAUCGUGAAGUCUCUUGUUAAUACCAACCUAUUCAUAACGGGAUGUGCCGAUGGAAGUUUGUCGUUAUGGCAGUGGCAAAACAUUGGCUGAGUUUCUCUUCCUCUUCUCAUACCCUUU